GCAUCUGAAGGAUAACGACGACAAUGUCUGAGAAGAAGAGCCAAAUCCCCGAUAACAGCAACAACGCCGCUUCUUCGUCGGCGAAGAAACCGGCGACGGAGAUCGGAUCGAAUUCGAGCUUCUCGGGUCAGAGGAUGACGUAUCCUAACCGGCCAGAGUCGGUGAACCCGGAUCAGGCGACGCUGAGGGAGCAGUGGAAGUUCGCGAUAAGGCAGUACAGCAAGUGGUACUCACACGCUUGGGGAACUGCGAUACUCGCCGGCGGCGUCUUCUUCGGACUCGGUUGGAUCAUCAAAGGCUCUAAUCCUCUUCCUUCACUUCAAUCAGGUUCUAAGUCUCCUAAACCCGAUGAAGAGAAAUGAUUUUCCAGAUGGGGAAAUGCAGUCGUGAGAUGAGGGAUGGUGCAUUAACAAUGUCACAUCUACAAGAAUCAUCCAUCUUUUGAAGUAGAGAGAAAGAGGGAGGGUGGGAGAUCAGAUCACAAAGCAAGCCAUUGUAGAAUAUAAACUUAACAAGAAAAAACUUGAGUGUAAUAACUUUGUUUGUCUGAUGAUUCCAAAAAUGUAUGU